AUGGUAGGAUACGGAAACCGUGCGAUUCGCACGGGUGUUUAUCAUGCGGAUAUCGGGGAUUACGAAAAAGAGUCGCUGCAUAUUCGGUGGAGGAAUGGAGAGGUUCAGGUUGUUUGUGCUACAAUUGCGUUUGGGCUUGGGAUUGACAAGUCAAAUGUGCGGUUCGUUUUGCAUCAUUCUAUGUCCAAGUCAUUAGAUGGGUUCUAUCAAGAAGUGGACGUGCGGGGCGCGAUGCUUUUAUUUGCCAACUAUUUCUCCGCAUCCUCCUCUCUUUCGCUCUCAUCCUGGACAACCGAGGCAGGUGGGAAGCUCACGCCUUGCGGGCAUUGCGAUAAUUGCACUCGCCCGCCCGAAAGCGUAGCCAGCAAAGACGUCACCCUGGACGCAUGGAUCAUCCUUCGAGUCGCCCAAACAAUAGAUAGCGAAGGUGGUCGAGUGACGGUUGGUAUGCUUGCAGACUUGGUCCGUGGAGUGGGGGGCAAGUCGUUCCAGGUUCCUGCAGGAGGUGGGAAAGGGAGAAGACGAAAGAGUCAGGGAGAGAAAGUCGUACUGGACUUGGAUGGGAUCGCGGGCGGGAAGAUUAGCCUAUCUAAAGAUGUGUGUAUUUCGGUCAUCGAGAUCUUUGCUCUCCUGACUUGCUCCUUUUGCCAGGAUGCUGAGGCGCUGAUCAUCCAGCUCGUUUUAUCGGGUCAUUUGAAAGAGAUUUUCCACUCGACUGCCUAUGCCAUCAACGUCUACCUCCAACUCGGUCCUCAGGCUGUGCGCCUCACCCGUCUCGACCGAGAAUCUGUAGAAGCUGGCUCUGGACCCAAAAUUGAAUGUACAUUUAUUCAACGUACAUCCGGAAGGUCCAAGGCCGCUCCAAAAAAACAGGCCGCCAAAUCGAAUGUUGGGGGUAGAAAAGGCAAAUCUAAAGCUACUAUAUCCGAUGAAGACGAUGGCGAAGAUGAGCAAGUUGAAGAUUUGACCGAACAGAUUCGACAAGACGUUGCUUCUGCUGACUCUGACGACCUCGAGGACGCGGAUGAAGAGGGGUGGAGUUACUCGAUGAUGCCCCGGAGAAAGAACGGUCAGGGGACUGGGCCUUCGGUAUCUAACUCUGCGCGAAAGCGGCGGAAAAUCGUAAGCGAUGAAGAUAGUGAUGAUGAUGUUAUUAUACUAUCUGAGUAG